CCGCGCAGCGGCUCCUCAGGUACGCGGACAAGAUGGCGGCGGUAGCGGGGGACAGCGCUAUGGAGGUGGUGCCGGCGCUGGCCGAGGAGGCCGCAACCGAGGCCACGGGCCCCAGCUGCCUGGUCCAGCUGCCCGGCGAGGUGCUGGAGUACAUCUUGUGCAGCGGUUCCCUCACGGCGCUCGACAUCGGCCGCGUGUCCAGCACCUGCCGUCGCCUGCGAGAGGUGUGCCAGAGCAGCGGCCAGGUGUGGAAGGAGCAGUUCCGGGUGAGGUGGCCCUCCCUCAUGAAGCACUACAGUCCCACCGACUACGUCAAUUGGUUAGAGGAGUAUAAAGUUCGACAGAAAGCUGGGUUAGAAGCCCGGAAGAUUGUAGCCUCCUUCUCCAAACGGUUUUUUUCAGAGCACGUUCCUUGUAACGGCUUCAGUGACAUUGAAAACCUUGAGGGUCCAGAGAUCUUUUUUGAGGAUGAGCUGGUGUGCAUCCUAAACAUGGAAGGAAGGAAAGCUUUGACUUGGAAAUACUACGCAAAGAAAAUUCUUUACUAUCUGCGCCAGCAGAAAAUCCUCAACAACCUCAAGGCUUUCCUGCAGCAGCCAGAUGACUACGAGUCCUAUCUUGAAGGUGCCGUUUACAUCGACCAGUACUGCAACCCCCUCUCCGACAUCAGCCUCAGAGACAUCCAGGCCCAGAUCCACAGCAUCGUGGAGCUUGUGUGCAAAACCCUCCGUGGCAUCAACAGCCGCCAUCCCAGCCUGACCUUCAGGGCGGGCGAGUCCUCCAUGAUAAUGGAGAUAGAGCUCCAGAGCCAAGUGCUGGACGCCAUCAACUAUGUCCUGUACGACCAGCUGAAGUUCAAAGGCAACCGCAUGGACUACUACAACGCCCUGAACCUCUACAUGCACCAGGUGUUGACUCGCAGAACAGGGAUCCCCAUCAGCAUGUCUCUGCUCUACUUGACCAUCGCCCGGCAGCUGGGGGUGCCCCUGGAGCCUGUCAACUUCCCGAGCCACUUCCUGCUCAGGUGGUGCCAAGGCGCAGAAGGGGCAACCCUGGACAUCUUUGACUACAUCUACAUAGAUGCCUUUGGGAAGGGCAAGCAGCUGACGGUGAAGGAGUGUGAGUACCUGAUCGGCCAGCACGUGACGGCAGCACUCUACGGCGUGGUGAACGUGAAGAAGGUGCUGCAGCGCAUGGUGGGCAACCUGCUGAGCCUGGGCAAGAGGGAAGGCAUUGACCAGUCCUACCAGCUCCUCAGAGACUCCUUGGACCUGUAUCUGGCUAUGUACCCAGACCAGGUGCAGCUCCUGCUCCUGCAGGCCAGACUCUACUUCCACCUGGGCAUCUGGCCAGAGAAGUCUUUCUGUCUUGUCUUGAAGGUGCUUGACAUCCUCCAGCACAUCCAGACCCUCGACCCGGGGCAGCAUGGGGCGGUGGGCUACCUAGUGCAGCACACGCUCGAGCACAUUGAGCGCAAGAAGGAGGAGGUGGGCGUGGAGGUGAAGCUGCGCUCUGAGGAGAAGCACAGAGAUGUCUGCUACUCCAUCGGGCUCGUUAUGAAGCACAAGAGGUAUGGCUACAACUGUGUGAUAUAUGGCUGGGACCCCACCUGCAUGAUGGGGCACGAGUGGAUCCGAAACAUGAACGUGCACAGCCUGCCUCACGGCCACCAUCAGCCCUUCUACAAUGUGCUGGUGGAGGAUGGCUCCUGCAGAUAUGCAGCCCAAGAAAACCUGGAAUACAACGUGGAGCCUCAGGAAAUCUCACACCCAGAUGUGGGGCGCUACUUCUCAGAGUUCACAGGCACACACUACAUCCCAAAUGCAGAGCUGGAGAUCCGCUACCCUGAGGACCUGGAGUUUGUGUACGAGACAGUGCAGAACAUUUACAGUGCCAAGGAGGAUGCAGCCGAGUAGACUCAGGGGAUGCCGCAUCUUUGCUGCUGCUGCUACCUUCUGGGGGAG